UGUAGUGUGUUCAUACCUGUUCACAUUGACUUUGGUAGGGUUGAAUAAACUAACACAAAGAACAAAUCCUGAUAAGAAGAGACAGUGAUACAUUUAAUAUUGAAACCGCGUGGAAUUGCUACGACUAAUUAAGGAUACUCCAAAAUUCUUGUCUCUCCUAGCUUUCUUCACUGGUCAGUAAUCUCUUUCUGUGUUAUUUACCUCUUUUAGUAAAUCGUAGAAAAUGUGUGAUUUUUUUUGAUGGGUUUGGUUUCCUCUAUCAUGCUCCAUAUGAAAUAACCUCCAACCAUUUCAUUCUGCCAAUUUGGUACAUUUUUCUUCACUUCUCUCCUAGAUUAUAUUUAAUGGCAGAAGUUAAAAACUGCAGUUACACCAUUUUCUUGUUAUUUUGCAUUUCUACUUUGUUUAAAACUGCAUUUGCUUUGAGCUCAGAUGAAAAAGCUCUAACAUCACUUUUAGCUAACUGGGUUAUUCCUAAUUCAGUGAUAAACACCCAUUCCAGCCCUUGUUCUUGGGUAGGUGUUCAAUGUGACAAAACCCAUAAUGUAAUUUCUCUCAAUAUGUCAAAUUUUGGUAUUUCUGGUUUUUUAGGCCCAGAAAUUGGUCAAUUAUCUUAUUUGAGUUCUCUUGAUCUUAGUUUAAACUCCAUUUCUGGCUCUAUUCCUGCUGAAAUUUCCAGCUGUGGUCUUCUUGAGUAUAUAGACCUUUCAUCCAACAAUUUGAGUGGUGAAAUUCCUGAAUCUCUUGGGAUUCUGCACAAUUUACAGUAUCUAAGCUUGUUUAACAAUGUACUGACGUCCCGAAUUCCGGAAUCUUUGUUUCGUAUUCCACAUAUACAGUCUCUCUUUCUGAAUACUAACAGAUUGAAUGGCUCUAUUCCUUCUAAUGUAGGGAAUGCUAGUGAACUUGUUUAUCUUUAUCUUUAUGACAAUCAGUUAUCUGGGUUUAUUCCUUCUUCCCUUGGGAAUUGUUCUGUGCUCGAGGAAGUCUAUCUAAAUGAUAACAAACUGGUGGGUGUAUUGCCUGAGAGUCUAAAUAAACUUGAUAGUUUGGUAUAUCUAGAUGUAAGCUCAAACAAUUUGGAAGGUGUCAUUUCUUUAGGGUCUGGUAGUUGUGAGAAUUUGCAGGAACUAGUUUUAUCUUUUAAUAGUUUUCAUGGAGUCAUUCCUGAAGGAUUGGGUAACUGCAGCAACAUGGUUAAGUUUGCCGCAAUAAAUAACCACUUAUCAGGAAGUAUCCCAUCUUCAUUAGGCCGACUAUCCAAGCUAUCAACUCUUUAUCUUUCAGAGAACUCUGUGUCAGGGAAGAUACCACCGGAGCUUGGGGACUGCAAGUCCUUGAUUGAUUUACAGCUUAAACAGAACAUGAUUGAGGGUGAUAUUCCAAAUGAACUAGGGUUUCUAAAUGAACUACGUCGCCUUGAAUUGUUUGAAAAUCGCCUGACGGGGGAAAUUCCGCUCAGUAUAUGGAAAAUUAAGACCCUUGAGCACAUUAUCGUUUAUAGUAACAAUAUAUCAGGAGAGCUGCCUCAGGAAAUGACAGAGUUGAAGAACCUGAAGAACAUUUCUUUACACGAGAACCAUUUUUCUGGGAUCAUUCCGCGAGGUUUGGGGAUCAGUAGUAAACUGGUGCAGGUUGAAUUCACAAACAACAGAUUCAGUGGUGACAUUCCUCCUCAUCUUUGCUUUGGUGAACAGCUGAAGGUUCUUAACAUGGGUCACAAUAUGCUUACUGGUAGCAUCCCUCCUGAUAUUGGAAGUUGCUCAACUUUGACUAGGUUGAGGCUUGAACAAAAUAAGCUGACAGGGGUGCUUCCUGAAUUUGCUGAGAACCACAGCCUCUACUUCAUGGACUUGAGUGGAAAUAAUAUUCACGGGAAAGUGCCAUCAAGCCUUGAGAAUUGUGGUAAUAUCACCACAAUAAAUUUGUCGUCGAAUAAGCUUACUGGAUUUCUCUCGCCGGAGCUUGGAAACUUGGCAAAUCUUCGAGCAGUGAAUUUGUCUUACAAUCAUUUGGGAGGAUCAUUACCACCUGAGCUUGGGAAGUGGAAUAAGUUGCUUCAGUUUGAUGUGGCUUUCAAUUUCUUCAAUGGGUCAAUUCCGUCGACCCUAAGAAGCUGGACAGCCUUAUAUGUCUUGAAUUUACGAGAGAACAAGCUUACUGGAGGGAUUCCACCUUUCCUAUCCGAACUUCAAAUGUUAGCAGAGCUUCAACUUGGUGGCAAUUCAUUCGGAGGACAAAUUCCUUCUUCUAUCGGUUUGUUGACAAAUUUGAAAUAUGCUUUGAAUCUUAGUAGCAAUAAUCUAGCCGGUGAAUUACCUUCUAAUAUUGGAAAAUUGACCAAUUUAGAGGUGCUGGAUGUGUCUUACAACAAUCUGUCAGGAUUUUUGGGAAAUCUUCCUUCGUUGGUGGAGGUUAAUGUCUCAUAUAAUCUAUUUUCUGGUCCAAUACCUGUCACUCUGAUGAAGAUGCUGAACAGGUCACCAUCAUCAUUCUUGGGAAAUCCUGCACUUUGUGUUGACUGCUCCCAAGUCACUUAUUCUAAUUGCACAGCAACAAGAUACAUCAGGCCAUGUGAUAGACCACAGAAAAGCAGUCCAAAGAGUGGGUUUGACAGUAUCCACAUUGCAAUUACAGCUCUUGGAUCAUGGCUAUUUGUUGUGCUUCUAGCCCUUUUUCUUUGUUGUAUCUGUGUCAGAUAUCGAGGAAGACAAAAAGAAGACAUUGAAAUGUCAAAACAGGAAGGUACAUCUUUCCUGCUCAACAAAAUAAUCGAGGCUACUGAAAAUUUCGAUGAAAAAUACAUCAUCGGAAGAGGAGCUCAUGGAACUGUCUACAAAGCCUCCUUGGAUCCAGAAAAAAUCUACGCUGUCAAGAAGCUUGAUUUUGGUGGGCAGACUGGUGCCAAUGAGAGUAUGAUUAGAGAAGUGCAGACACUCGGGAAAAUCAGGCAUCGUAAUUUAGUCAAAUUGGAUGCGUUUUGGUUGAGGAAGGGUCAUGGUCUAAUAUUGUAUAAUUACAUGGAAAAUGGAAGUCUGCGUGAUGCUCUCCAGCAAACAGAUCCUCUUUUGUUGUCGUGGGAUGUGCGAUACAAGAUAGCUCUUGGAAUCGCACAAGGAUUGGCUUACCUCCAUUUUGAUUGUCAUCCUGCUAUCAUACACCGUGAUAUUAAACCUGAGAACAUACUUUUGGACUCCGAAAUGGAGCCUCACAUCUCAGACUUUGGCAUUGCUAAGCUUUUAGAUCAAUCACCAACUUUGAUACAAUCAGUUGCAGUUCCUGGAACAACUGGCUAUAUUGCACCAGAAGUGGCCUUUGCAACAAUUAGGAGUAAAGAGGCUGAUGUAUAUAGCUACGGGGUUCUAAUGCUUGAACUGUUAACCAGAAAGAGGGCUGUAGAUGCAUCAUUUCCAGAGGAAAUGAAUAUAGUGGGAUGGGUGAGGUCAGCUUUGAACUGUUCUGAACAGAUCGAUUUUGUGAUUGACAAAACCCUUCCUGAGGAAUCUAUGGAUUCAGACGGUAUGGAACAAGUAUUUGGUGUGCUUUCUAUAGCUCUGAGAUGCACUGAAAGAGAACCAAGCAAACGACCGACAAUGAGAGAUGUUGUGAAGCAGUUAGAGGACAUAAAUCCUACUGCAAGACGGAAGAAUAAGAAGUCUUAUUAGCUUUAUUCAGGUUUUUUCGAUUCUAACUCUCCUUGUUUUACUUGAAAAAAGGCUAAAUGGAUAACUUCUUCUCCACUGAACUAAGAGGAUCACUUGGUAUCAGCCAAUACCAACUACGAAGUGGUUUUACCAUAAUGCUCCCUCACAUGUCCAGUGGAGAAUGAUGAGUAUUAUCAGUUUCACCCGUAUUAGGUUUCUGAUAGAUUUCAAAGUGGUGAAAUUUCUGUUGGAUAAGGAAAAUACUUGGCUCAUUUUCUAACUCUACAAGUCUAUGUUCAAUAGGUUUAUUAGCACAAAAUAGUGUAAGUAUUGUAUUAAGUUCUUUCAUAGUUCAAGUCAUCCAAUAUAUUUCUCGAAACUUUAUCAGGACAGUUCUCCAAAUAGCUAGACUUGCUCGCUUGUUCCUUCUAUUUAUGGCACGCACACUAAUAAGUCUUUUAGGUAUUCACCUUUCUUAAACAGGAGAUGAUUUAGUUCUCUUUAUGAUUUUGGCACACAGAAAAAUAACAACUCUUAGCUUGUCCGUCUUAUAUAUGAUUUCUUGGAAAUGAUGGACCCACAGCCAUAUGAUAUAUACUUUGUUUUAGUGGAGUGAAACUAUAAAAUCCGUUGUGUGAAACAUUAUUUUUAAGCACUUCCUGGUUUGGUGCUUUCCUAAUAUUUAUUUGUCCAUUUCCCUUGCAUUGUAAGUUUGUAAAUAUAGAUACAUGUUGCACCUCAUACCAACUCAUUUAAAAUUUGAACUAUAAUAAAAUAAGGACACUAAUGUUUAUGUAAUCUUCGAAGCUAGUAUCCACUUGAGCACAUAUAACAACGACUUAACACACUUACACACACAGAAUUCUUCUGUUCCUUUUUCCCCUCCCUUUUUUUUCUGGAUUUUACUAAAACUUAUGAUAAGCCCAGUGGAGAGCACUAGUCCUGAAAUAUUGAUACCAACACAGAUAAAUACGGGGAGAUUUGAAAUCCUUGGCUAUAUUGCGAAGAAGGGUGACCAAUCUUCCUGAAUGCUAGAAGCCAGCCUUUAUUCUAUAAUCUUCUCUCCUAUACGCUACCUAGAGGUUGAGGAACACAAACUCUUCAACUGCCGGAA